UCAGAGUGCGAGAAUCAAAACUCGGAAUAACGCGGUUAUUCUUCUUUGUCGAAAGUAAACAAAAUACACGGGGUUGGUGGUAAAAAUGCUUUCUUUUACGCAAUUUUGUACGAGAUUUUGUGGUCCUAUGUUGAAACAAAGUGCAGGGAGAUACACAACUAUUCUACAAGUGAGGUAUGCAAAAGCUAAGAUACUGCAAGACCUUCCUGAAAAGCCAAAGCGACCUCCAAGUACUUGGCUUUUAUUCCUCAAUGAACGCCGUAAUGAACUACGACAACAGCCAGAAUACGAUGAUUUGUCUCUAAUGCAAAUGACGUCGAAGAUAAGCGAAGAAUGGCGCAAUUUUGAUGAGUUAGACAAGGUACCAUACCGGGAAAAAUAUGACGAAUCGUUGGGCGAUUAUAGGCGACGAAUUCAGGAAUAUAACAGAAAUUUGACCUCGGAUGAUAAACGUAUCUUACGCAGUGUGAAGAAAGAUGGAAAACGAGAUAUACGUGCGUUUGAAAAAGAGUUUCCAAAGCCAAAAUAUCAUGGGAAUGGUUAUAUUUUGUUCGUAAAGUCUUGCCAUGAAGAAAAUCCGCGCAGAGAAGGUGAAGAUGCGAAGGACUGGAUUCGAGAGUGUGCCCAAAAAUGGAAAGAUCUUGACGGGGAAACAAAACUUAAGUUCAAUGAACAAGCAUCAAUUUUAUUGAGGCAAUACAGAGACGAGAUGAGAGAAUGGAAAGAUGAAUAUAAGGAGUGGAAAAAAAGGGGUGCGUCUCACAACUAAUGAAGGUUGAAAUCUUUCUAUCAAGAUUCUUCAUAUGUAAGGAAAUGACAUUUGUAAAUAUCAGUUUUGUUUUUGUCAGUUUUUUUUCACACUGAACAAGCAGUUACCAUAAGACAACAUAGGGGUGGGUGCCAAGAUAAAAGUAGAAUAACUGUGACCAUAAGUCAUAGCCCUCAAAGAUAUAUUUUUCUCUAUAUAUGUACAUCAAAAGUUCAGACUAAAAUAUUUGGUGAAAGUAUUUUUUGAAAGGAAUAUUUUAAGAGUUUUGAUUAUUAAAU